AUGCGCAAGGAAGAGGGAAAGAGGUCACAAGCGGAGGAAACAAGCAUGAUAGGACAGAAAGCGAUCCUGUAUUCCCGUCGUCUUACCCUAUCGCGUUUGGGAAUAAUAACUGGAGCGAGGUUUACGAGGAGAAGUAGAAAGACCCUGGGUCUGGAGUAUGCUUUCGGAGUUCGCCUGACAGCUCUUUACAUCGGGGAUUUGCCAUCGGUCCUGUCUUCGGGGUGGCCAGUAGAGUCGAUCUUAGCUGUCGGGUUGGGAAGUCUGUCUCACCAGGAAAUGUACAACCAAGCCAACUUCCAGAUUCGUGACGGACGAUGA